UUUGUCCAAGACGAGAAUACAUUUGACAAGCUAUAAUUUAUUAUUCAAAAUUACCUUUGUUGUAUUCCAUUUUGAUAAUCAUUAGUAUAUGCAUCAUGUGUUGUAAAUCUGAAAAUUAUAAUGAAGAUUUAUUUGAUUACAUCAGAGUAAGUGAAGAUGAAGAUGAUACGAAUGCCGUGGAAAUACCCUGUGAAAUGGACGGCACAUUACUUUUGUCAACGCUUGUAGCCCAGUUCCCUGGAGCAUGUGGUUUAAAAUAUCGGCACCCUGAUAGUAAAUCUGUUCGAGGUAUUCGCUUAAGUGAUGGAAAGCUUCACCCACCUAGUGAAGUCGGUUGGGGAAAACAUCUAUAUAUUUGCGUUUUUCCUAAAGAAAAUAAACGUAAAAUGGAGGAUGUAUCCCCCGAAAAUUCAGCAGCAAAGACAAAGCGAUUAGAAAAGAAGCUUACUUGUUCAGAUUUGAUAUGUCUAGGUUUACCCUGGAAGUCCACAGAGGAGUCCAUCAAACAAUAUUUUGAACAGUUUGGUGAAGUUGUUAUGGUUCAAUUAAAGAAAGAUAAAAAUGGUUCAUUUAAAGGCUUUGGCUUUAUCCGCUUUGCCACAUAUACUUCACAGAUGAGAGCUCUUGCACAAAGACACAAUAUAGAUGGUCGUUGGGUGGAUGUCCGAAUUCCAAACUCUAAAGAAGGUGUUGUACCUCAAAUGCCAUGUAAAGUUUUUGUAGGAAGAUGUACUGAAGAUAUGACAGCAGAUGACCUCCGUGAAUAUUUUUCAAAAUUUGGUGAAGUCACUGAUGUAUUUGUUCCACGUCCAUUCAGAGCUUUUGGGUUUGUCACUUUCCUGGAUCCCGAGGUUGCACAGAGUUUAUGCGGAGAGGAUCACGUCAUCAAGGGAGCAUCUGUAUCGGUAUCCAGUGCUGCACCAAAGAUAAAAAGUAAGUCUAACCAAAAUUGGAAAGAUGAUUCUUAUGGGUCCAACAAUUGGGAUGGAAAUAGGUCGACUUCUUCUGGGGGACCAAAUAGCAGUAGUGGAAACAGUAAUAAUAUUGAUACACUUAAUAUGCAAAAUCUGGGAAUAAAUCCAAAUGGAGGGCCACCAAAUAAUUUUAAUUUGCCUAUAAGUCUUGUUGCUGCAGCACUAAACCAAGCUGGUUGGGGUGGUUUUCUUGGUGGUCCAGGUAAUUCUGGACCCAAUAAUUGGCAAGGCGGUCCACCACAAGGGAAUAAUUCUGGAAAAAACUGGAAUAGCAGCCAAAAUUGGAAUCAGAAUGGCCCACCUCCAUCAUGGAAUCAAGGCGGAAGCAGUGGUCAAGGUUGGAAUGGCGGUAAAAAUGGAAACUGGAACCAAGGAAAUUGGCCAAGCGGUCAAGGCAAUUGGAAUGGUAACGGUAGUGGUGCUGGUGGAGGUGGAGGGGGCUCUGGCUCCAGCAGUGGAUGGAAUAAUAAACCACAGACAUGAGGUGAGCUGUUACUUCAACCAGUCAUAAUUGGGAUGUUUGUAUGGAAACUAGGGUAAUGAGUGUAUAUGAAUUUAUAAUUGUUGUAAGUUUGUCAUUAGUACUAUACUAUGCAUAAAGUUGAUCAUAGUGAGUAAUGUAUUUGAAAGUGUAAACCCACAUUGUUUUAAUUAUUGUAAGAUGACUAGUAUUGUGUGUAUAUUUGUGAUGUGGUAUGAAGGUUCUUAGAGAAAUAAAUAAGAAUGUCUUCUGAGAUGGAUGUUUUAAUUUUUCAAUAUAGAUAAUUACUAAAAUUAAGUAUAAGUAGUAAUUAUGUCAUACAAGAAUAUGGACUACAUUUUGCUGUAGUUUUUCUUUCCAUGUUGCAAAAGGUUGUGAAUGCAUAUAUCUUUGAUUGUGAAUUCUUACUCAAUGUUUAAUUCAAGAAAAUAUAAAAGUGUGUCGCCCUGUAUGAGUGUCAUGCAAGAUGUGACUGCUACAUUCAGACAACCUAAAUGAGGUAAAGUGUAACCUGCCUGGUGCCUGGCUGCCUGUGCAAGUGGAUGAUACCUGAUGCUAGCUGCAUUCUGGGUCAGUAGCAAUUUCAUGGAUGACAAUCAAGAGUGCUGUUAUGUGGCAGUGUGAAUAUGUAAAGUGGUAUUCUGAAGCAUCAUUUUACAUAUUGAAUACUGUUGGUGAAAAUGAACUUGAAAUAGUUGGAUUAGGCAGUAUCUGAAGAUUAGCUGCCUUCCAUUUAAAGGUUAACCUCACAAGAGAAAGAAGAUUUAAUGUAACAUCACAAACUUAAAGAUAAAAUAAGAAUAUUGAAACUAAAGUGAAAUUUUGUUAUCUAUUAUUGGGAAAUUUUUAUAGUAGUUUAUUUUUAACCGUCUCCAAAAAAGGAAGAGGAGUUUCAAAUGGGGCUGUUUUAUUAAUGUUCAUUAAUUCAUAACUCUGAACUGAUUUGAAUAAAAACUUCUAUCUCUCUCUCUUCUAUCUCUCAUUUGAAAAAGUACACUUACAGAUCCAUGUAUUUUGAUGUAGUAAAGUUUACCUAAGAAAAUUAGUAAAUACAUAUUUUUCUUUUAAGAUUAUCAGUAAGAAAUUACAAAAAAAAAAGAAAUGAUUUCUCAUACUGUCACCAAAAUAUAUCAAUUAAAAGAAAACUAUAGUGUGUUCAUUUGAAAUUGAUAUUGUGCAAGCCCAGCCAGGCAGUGUUCAAUUUAAUUGAAUUUGACUCAGCAUGAGUCAAAUUCAAUUAAUUUCAAAAUUUUUAA